UGUAUAACGUGCGAUAUUGGGCUUCAGGCCAAGCCUCAAAUGUGCACGUUACGGCUGAACUUUGCUUGACCUUCUGUAAACCUUUGAACGCGCACGUGAAUCGAAGCUUGACUGUCCAAAUGUUUCUACGUUUCAGUGCUUUUACAUCUGCAAAGGUUGCGGUGCAUUUUAGUUCAUCCCCCAAAGCCUAAUGUCACAAACCUUUUCUGAAUAUUGUACAUACGUUUCUAUCAAGCAGGAAUGGGUUAUGUGUAUUAUGAGAAAGAAAAAAAAACAAAUGUAACCCUAAAGAACAAUGUUUUCAAUUUUACCCAUUGGCGAUGAUUUUUUGUUUUCACUAUAAGUGGAUAACAAUGGCGACAAAAAGUUUGUGUUUUACUUUAGGAUGCCAAUCGCUUGCGUUUUUGUUGCUGGUCCUGCUGGUUUUUUCUCGGGCUCCGCCCGGGACCGACGGAGGCCACAUCCUGGUGUUCCCGGUGGACGGGAGCCACUGGAUCAACAUGAAGGUUCUUCUGGAGGAGCUCCACCUGCGAGGACACCGGCUGACGGUUAUCCGAGCCUCCAACAGUGUCUAUGUGCCUCGGAACUCGUCGCUCUACGCCGCCGUCACCGUCGACGUGGCCGGAGAAUGGGAGGAAUUUUUUGAAUUUCUACAAGAUCUUAUUAAGGGCCUCCGAAAGGGGCGCACCAUGCACCGCGAGUUCACCAACAUGAUCUACGAGGCCCACUCCGUGUGGGGCGCCUCCCUCUCGGCCUUCUUGGAGAACCGGGAGAUGGUCCAGAGCUUGAGAGACUCCCACUUCGACAUGGUCCUGACCGACCCGGCCAUUCCCAUUGGGGUGGUGCUGGCCAAGUUCCUGGAUCUUCCUCUGGUGCUCAACGUCCGCUGGAUCCAUGGCGGCGAGGGCCACUUCGCCAUGGCCCCCUCACCGCUCUCCUACGUCCCUGUACCGGGUUCGGGCCUGACGGACAAGAUGGACUUCUUCCAGAGGGUGAAGAAUGUCUUCUUCUACGCCUUGGUCAUCCUCCAGCAAAGAAUCCUAAUUGAGCCCAUCUAUAGCGCCCUCUGCAGGAAACACAUCCACGGCGGCUGCGACAUCAACUCCCUCCUUCAACAGGCCGACAUUUGGCUCUUCCGCACUGAUUUCGUCUUUGACUUCCCACGGCCCACCAUGCCAAACGUCAUCUACAUCGGCGGCUUCCAGUGCCGGGCUGCCCGCCCGCUGCCUGGACACCUGGAGGACUUUGUCCAGACCGCCGGGGAGCACGGUGUGGUUGUCAUGAGUCUUGGCACUCUGGUCGACGCUAUGCCCGAGUCCGACGCAAAGGAAAUCGCUGCCGUCUUUGCCAGGUUGCCGCAGAAGGUGAUUUGGCGUUACAAAGGUCCUCGACCAUCCACGCUGGGCAACAACACGAUGAUGGUGGACUGGAUGCCUCAAAAGGAUCUCCUGGGCCACCCACAGACCAAAGUCUUUGUAGCCCACGGGGGCACCAAUGGACUCCAGGAGGCCAUCUUCUAUGGCGUCCCAGUCCUGGGAAUCCCGCUUUUCUUCGACCAGUUUGACAACCUGGUGCGCUUGGAGCACAGGGGAGCCGCCAAGAUUGUAGACCUGGUAGAUCUCACCCGGGACUUCGAGGCUGGCCUCAACGAGGUCCUGAGCCAGGAUAGCUACCGGCGCAACAUGAGGAGGUUGUCGGACCUGCACCGGGAUCAGCCCAUGACGGCCAUGGAUCGGGCCAUCUUUUGGGUAGAGUACGUGAUGCGGCACAAGGGGGCGCCGCAUCUGCGCACCGGGGCCUACGAGAUGCCCUGGUACGCUUACUACGGUGUCGACGUAGCGGUGCUGCUCUUGGCCAUUGGAGCUGUGCUUUCGUUGGCGGCCGUGGCUCUCGUCAGGUUCCUCUGCUGCAAAACGCCGAGAAAAAACAAAACAAAACAACAAUAGAAAUUAACCACAUUCAGGAUAAAUACAAACCUUUUCUUGACAUUUCUUGACCCUUAUCUCAUAAGUUUAAAAAUUUCAAAGUGAAGGGUUCAAAUGAGUGUCCAAAGCCAAACCAGGGUCACGGGUUUUCAGAUGAGGUUUAGGUUUCAAACUGUGGGUCCAAGUAAACGUUAAGGUUUCGAAUUAGGGUUGACGAAAAAAUUGAGGUUUUCA